AUGGACGGCCAUUUCGCCCUGCCCAGCGGAGACAAACAGACUUCGUGCAGCUGCCUGGGAGGACGACUCCUGAACCCAUCCAUGACUCACUUGGAAUUCACAGCGACUUAUGGCCACAUCAUGGGCGCCUCGCGAGCGCUUGAUGUCCGCGAGCGCUUGACCGACUUGGAUUCGCAGGCGCCUUUCGAAGAGAUCCACUUGGACGUCUCUUCCUACGGCUCACACGGACCAAACGUCUCACCCCUGCAACAGCUCCUACACCCCCUGCAGCGCAGACUGGCGCGGCGGACGCGAGUUUGGUUGCAGCAGGGCGUGUUCAGCUUCGCCUCCUUGGCAGAGCUUUUGCAGAGCUGCUAUCAACAGCUUUUGGCCAAAGCAAGACGAGAAGGGUGGCUGCUGGAGGAGCUCUCGGUGCUGCCCCGCCUGACAGGCGAAGGUCGAUGCCGGACGGAAGGUGCUUGCAUCGAGGACUAUGUGGCGCUCGGCGGCACCUUCGAUCGCUUACACGAAGGCCACAAGGUGCUCCUGAGUUGUGCAGCCGCGAUGGCCACUCGAGGUUUGGUGGUUGGAAUCUCUGGAGAGCCCUUGCUGCGCGAGAAGGCCUCUGCGAGUCUCCUGCAGAGUUGGGGCGAGCGUGCGCGGGAGGUAGCAGCGUUCCUUGCACUGCAGCAGCCCAUGCUCUCAGUGCGGCUGGAGGAGCUGCAAGAUCCCUUUGGCCCAUCUCUGUGGCCUCAGUUGAGAGCCUUGGUCGUUUCGGUUGAAACCGCCACGGGCGCGCAGAGCAUCAACGUGGAGCGGCGCCGCCUAGGGCGGACGGAUCUGGAGAUUUGGGUGGUGCCCUUGGUGGGAGGACAAGGCGAAGGGAAGUUGAGCAGCAGCGGUUUGCGCGCGGACGCUGAGCUGCUCAUGGCAUUUGAUGAGUGCUGGGCACGUGCGCAGCCGGAUCUUUCAGGAGCUGGCAGCGGAGGACGCUGGGCCAAGUUGGUUCCCACUCUAGCGAAGAUCGCUGGAAGAGAACUGCUGGAAAGGCCCGAGCGCCAGCGCCAGCGCUGCCUGCAGCGCCUCACCGAGCCGCUGGACCCCGAGACCGGCCUGGCUAGGUGCCUGGAGCUGCUCAGUGUGGCAGUUGGUGGACAAACUCUGGAACUUUUGAAGGUCCUAGCAGAUGAGUUGCACUGGUCCGAGGAUCGAGAGCAGGGGAUUCGAAGAAAGCUGACCGCACCAUGCUCCCGCAUUUGA